GUGGAGAACUUUCAGCAUCGUCUCCGAAGUAGUGGAUGGAUGUUAAAACAUGCAAGGAAGAAAUUGGUUUUGUUUGUGUAGCCUCCAUGUUGUUGCUUUUGUUAUGUUAUAUUAAGCUAAAUCGUUGACUUAGCUAAGCAAUGACUUACUGUUGAAACAAGUUGAACUAUAUUUUAACUUUCGCGCUUGCGUUUUUAGAAGCCUCGUUUUUUCGCUCUCUGCUUGUCCCGACUGCCGUGGGUGUGCACACAGGAUACACACUUUGGACAUGGAUCCGUUACUAGUUCUGCAGGUCGUGCUGUACACUGCUUCUUUCAUUUGCGGGAUUGUUACAGCCGUUUUAGUCACAAUUGUGCAGGCCCAGAACGAGGGGAAGUGCUUGCUGUACGGAACACUCCAGUACGAUAACUCCACCGCCACGAUUAGUGUGACCUCCUCUGGCGACCCGUCUGUCUGCAACUUUGCGAUGGCCAUCCCUGUGUGUGUCACGGUGUUCUGUUUCUCACUCAUUUGCUACAGCUGUGUAUGUGGACAGGGCAGUGGAGGGCGCCUGUGUGUGAACAUCACCCUGGGGAUGAGUGGACUCCUCAUGUUCCUCUUGAUCAUCAGCGGCUGCCUCCUGAAGAUAGGAAGAGACAAGUUAUGCGAGUCUCUUCCACUACCCCAGUUUAACAGGUGUGAUGACGCCCAGAAUGUCCAGUGGGACAUAUCGAAGAGUGGCAGCAGAUUCUACACCCUUCUUCACAGUGCUGAGAUAUCGGUGUGGGUGAAUUUCUUCUGCUUGCUGUUCGUCGGAGGCCUGGCAAUUGCCCAGUGCAGUCCAGGGACAUCCGGGGGAGGGGGCCGGGCGACGCGUUGCCAUCGGGGAGGCAGGGGACGCAGGAGGUGAAGCUGUAGUUGGGAGGUUCACUAAAAAACACCAGCGUAUUUUAGACCAAAUUAUUGUUAUUAUUAUUUUACCUGAGUUGUUAUUGUGAUUAAUUAAUAAUUGAUCAUGAUACAUUUGUCAUGAUACAUGUCAAGUUGUGCUUUGUUGUGUUGUAAAUACAGCUUUUUGCAAUGAUGAGUAAGUCUUUUACAUUGUUAGCCAUACAUGCACAUUACACAUGCCUAUAUUGCAUCACCUUUAUCCUCUGAGAAGACAGAAAACGCACUAUCAAUCUGCACUUUCGAAGACCUGUCAAAUAUUUGAUGUUGUAUUAGUGAGUGCAGUCCAGGGUUUUAAUGAGAUAGGAGAUGGUAUUUUAAGAUGUACAGCACAACGAACAUAUAACAUCUAACGGCUUCUCUUCUGUGCUGUACUGUAUGCUAUGUGCUUCCCUGAGCGUACCCACCGGAGUCUAGGUCUUCUUUUGAGUUUUUACAGUUUCUUUAUUGUGCAUUUUCAGUGUAUCCCUUUGUGUGAGCGCAAGCUAAGAAUUCCGUUUCUUUAUUGUGCAUUUUCAGUGUGUGUGUGAGGGCAAGCUAAGAAUUCGGUCAGACCAUUUGUUUUUGUUUUUGUUUACAUAACAGUAUACAACACACAAUAAAAAAACUCCCAUCGCAUGUUGCACAUGUUAACAUCAACACUUCCAACUCUUUCACUUCAGAAAUAAAACUGAUAUGAAUAACUGAUAAACUGAUAUUUUAGUGCAUGGAUUACAAUGUGGUUUAUUUUCACAACAUGCACAUUGUGUGCAAAUAUCUUAAAGGAAAUGGUCAGUGUCAUAAUCUUCACCCAUUGGUGAACAACACAGCUGCAAAGUGAGUCUCAUUAAAUAGAUUUUUGUAAAAUUCACCUCUGACUUUGACUUAUGACUUUGAAUGAUCUUUUAGAAUAAUCUUUGAGGAAAACAUCUUUAAACUUUUGUGAUGCAAUGAACUUUUGACUUAUGUGCUUUACAACAUAGCUAUGGUACUGAAUAAAGUACUGUAUGAUA